UAAUGCUAUAUUUCUAUAUUUUCUUUAAUUUAUUUAUUAUACGCGUCACUCUUUAUUUAAUAUUAACAGUAAUAGUUAAAUUCUGGUGAGACAUGGUUUUCAUUAGUAAGUAACAUUUAUUAAUUAUAUAUUUUCUUUUCUUACUUGUUGAUAGAAUAUGUAUUUGUUUAUAACCAUAUUGACGGUUAACUUUAGAACAAGGACCUAUUCAUGAUUUUUAUGCGUAUGUUUUGUUUAGGUUUUAAGUAUCGGAUGACAGGAAACGUUCCAAGACCACUCAACCUGUAUUUAUAUUUCUCUGAAUACAAAAUAAAGGUUUAUCUAUCUAUUUAUUUAAACUUUCUUAUAAUAAAAAUAUAUAAUUUAAUGAGUAUGUGCCACGACGAUUUAUCAUUUAAAUUAUUGACUCAAUAUUGUUAAGACGCAAUAAGUGUUGUAAGAAAUUAAUAUAUAAUUUCAAAUGGAAUUCAAAUGCGCGCUUCUUAUAUAUCUCAAGUUUACUAAUUAAUUAACAGGUGGAGGCACCUGAGGCUGUUGAGGACAUAACAUUAAAAAUGGUAGAGAUUUUUUUUGGUAGUGUAUAUUAUUGGUAGUGAUUUAUUCUGGUAUCGAUGUAAUAUGGUUGAGUUAUUAAUGAUAGAAAACUGCAUAUCCCAAAAGUAACUAUAAAGAUGAAAAAUAAUAUUGUCUGGAUGGAUAUGGAGAUGACCGGAUUAGACAUUGAAAAUGAUAAAAUAUUAGAAAUUGCUUGCUUAGUAACAAAUGAAGAUUUAAAAAUAAUAAGCACUGAUUUUCAAAUCGUAAUACACCAACCUGAUGAUGUAUUGAAUAAAAUGAAUAGUUGGUGCAUUAGAACUCAUUCUGCGUCAGGAUUACUUGAUGCAGUAAAGAGCAGUAAAAACACAAUGCAAGAUGCCGAAAAUAAAUUAAUGGAGUUUUUGCGAACUUAUGCAGUCGAAAAAAUAACUCCAUUAGCAGGUAACACUAUUUGGAUGGACCGAAUUUUUUUACGUAAAUAUCUACCAAUUGUCGAUGAAUAUUUAAAUUAUCGAAUUAUCGAUGUAUCAACUAUCAAAGAAUUAGCACGCGCCAUGAAUAAAUCAAGACUGAAAAAAUGUAUAUUGUUUCACUGUAUGUUAUUUUUUGUUAUGCUUACAAAAUUACUGCCUGAUAUAUUAGACCGUCUAGAUAUAUUUAUAUUAGAAGUUGAAGAAUUACAAAUGCCAAAGCCUCUAUGGUGGGAGUAUAUUUGGUUAUCAAGUGUAUUAGUGCCAUUUAUUGGUCUAUCAGCGUUAAAAAAAAAUCAGAUAAAAUCAAUGACACGUUUUAUGUAUGGAAUAGUUAUUUUAGGAUUUGUACCAUUAAUUUAUGCUAUUGUUUAUUAUAUUUCUGAUGUAUGGAUUUAUUUAACUGCUGGAAAAACAGAAGAUAUACAAUUGUGGCAGGAUCUACCUUAUGGGUUAUUGUGGUAUGCAUUCAUUUUAGCUGCUUGUCAAGUACACGCAUUCUCACUGUACUUCUCAUCGAAAUUAUUAUUGGCGUGGAAAUCAAGAGGUUUAAGAAAAUUUGAUUAAAAAAAUAUCACAAAAAAAAUAAAUUUAACCAAAAUUUAUUAAUAACAAUAAAAUAAAUAAUUUGAUUAUAUAACAAAAAUUCAGAAUGUAUUUUUAAUAAUAAAAUGAAAUUAACAAUAAAUUAAUGAUAAUAAUAA